AUGCCCAAAGAAAAGAAUAAAUUGAUUGAAACUAAGACUCACUGGAGUCAGGGCCGCCUUUCCCAACCAUUCCCAAUGCUUUGCUUUCUGCUCUGCUUGGUGCAACCAUGCUUUGCUUCUCACGUGGUCUCACCACGUGUGUGUCACAUGGAAACACCUACUGUCAGUUUUGACAACUACACCGGCCCUGUGUGGGGGCCCCCCGGUUGCGAUUCUGGGUGCGAUUCUCUUGUUGCUAAGAGUUGCGCUUGUAGCGCUGUUUGCCAGCAGCGCCUGAGACCAGCGAUUCCACUGCAGGACAAUGAUGAUGCCGCCUCUUCGGUGGCUCUGCGGCUGCUAAAGCGUGUGAUUGAUGCUGACGGCAGUGGCACGCUACAUAUCACCGAGCUGGUUCAGGGCCUGUUGCAGAUCCGUGGCGAAAUCAAAAAGAGCGACACCGUCGCGGCGUUGUUGGCUACAAAGGCGGUCCAACAUAUGGUGGCUGAUAUAAGAGAAGGCUACGAAAAGCAUUUCAAGGAGCUGAAAGGCACUUUGGAAGCGGAGCUCCAGAAGCUGAAGCCGGCGAUUCCCCAAAGAUAUCACCCGCGGGUGGCGAACGUCUAG